GAAUUUGUUUCUUCCAUGAUUCCAGCUCACCCUUCAUGUCUUAAGUAUUCAUCAGCUCUGAAGGAGCGCAUUCGGCUCAGUCGAUGGCAGUGUGCCGAGUGUAAAACAUGUGCAAUCUGCAGUCAAGGGGGUACCAAGGAAUUACUUGUGUGCGAUGCCUGCAAUCAAGGGUACCACGCGAGUUGCCUGAAGCCACCCUUGAAACGCAUCCCCAAAGGUUGUUGGCGGUGUAAGCCAUGCAGGACGGGCAAGAUGCCCGGUAUGGGGCGGAGGGGUCCUGGCAGGCCAGGCACAAACAGGUUGUUCCGGGGCAAGCAGUACCAGGCCAAACUCAACAAGGCCAACAAACUCAAGAUGAGGGCCAUGAAGAAUGGCGUAACAUCAUCGUUUGCCACCAAAAAGCUGGCUGCUUCGAGGAAAGGACAACGAGGAGGCGGUCCAAGGAAACACCAAGGGAAACAGGACAGUCAGGGUUCAUCGGAUGGCACUGGUACGACCACCAACACUACCACCAACACCACCACCAACACCAACACAUCCACAACACCAUCAUCAACAAAUCACCACCCCCACACACACCACACCGGGGAGGGCGUCCCGUCCUCCCCAUUCUCAAGAGAUAGAACUCCAAAUGAGACGGGCCUGCUCUCGCUAGAGAGCGGGAUCGUCUCUCCUACCUUGACAGGGAUACCCCCUGCAGACAUUUAUGAUAGGCUCAAGCCCAAAGGGCUUAUUGAUGGCCUCAGUAGGUUUUUCACGCCGACCAACCGUCGCAAAUCGCGCAGCUCGUCACAGUCCUCCGCGUUCUAUGCCAUCCGGCCAUUCCGACCUAAAGUGAAGCACAAGAGCGAAAGCGACAGGGAUGCCGUGUUUUCGGCCAUUUUGAAAUCGCGGAGGGAUGUGUUAAACAAGGAGAAGGAUAAGAGAUUGAAAGAUAAAGAGGGAGAUACGAUGGAUGACACUUCUGUGGUUGAAGAGAAGGAGGAGAAGGAAGAUAAAGUUGUACGGACCGCAAAAGACGAUGUGAAAUACAUCAAAGAUGCCAAAGAAUCACCUCCGUCGUUGUCACCGUCUUUGAAAAAGUUGGCUACGCAAGCAGCGUCCGAGGACACCAGGUCACAUUCAAACUCCUCCUCGCCGCACUCCCAAAUGAUGAGAACGGGUAAUAUGCAGUUGAAAGGUUUGUUUGAUGGGCUAUCGCACUUGUACGUUGCGCCCGCCUCACCUCGCAAACGUGGCUUACCUCCUGUGUACGCUGUGCCAAAGAGGUCAAGGAAAAUGUCAUUUGAUAUGUUCGGUAAUGACGAUGAUAUGUUCAAAGUACCCGCCGCCGAGGAGAGUCCGGCUUUGUCAAAGGCAUCUGAAUCGCCCUCGGUUUCCCCGUCCCCACCACUAUCUACGGACACCACCCCAGUCAAGGGACAACUUACACCAAAGAAUAGGAAGUUGAAAAAAAUGAAAGGAGGAUUAUCAGCCAGUGCUUCAAAGAUUGUGAAAAAGGCUCGGGCAAUGGGAUCGAAGAAAGAAAAGAACGGAGUGAAACUUACGACAAGAUGGGCAGUUAUGAACAAGAAACCAGGAAAGCUCAAGAAAAAGUUGUUGGAAGAUCCAAACACUGAAGAUCCAAACGAUGCGGAUGUUCCCGCUAUGCCCAAGCUGGAGAAGGGCGUCGUCAAAACGAAGAAGAUCAUCAAAUCCGGUGAGAAGAUCAUCAAAUCCGGUGAUUCACCGGUUCCAUCACAGAAGCCAAAGUUACCGAGUGGUGUGACGGAGCGAGACAUGGAGCUGUUCCGGGUAGCCCAGGAGCAGGCCAUGUUGGUCAUCAUGCCGCCAAAGUCACCUCCAGAGGGCGAAUCAAGACAAACCGAACAAGCUGCUGUAGCUGAGGCAACGACCACCGCCGGCACCAGUGCAGGGCCUUCCACCAGCACAGGUGCGGGUGCGGCCAAGGCCCAGCUAGGUCCAGGAGGACCUAAUGCUCCGCCUCCCGUCAGAUCGCCGUGCAUCAUCGAGUUUGGACGGUACGAGAUCCAGACGUGGUACACGUCGCCGUAUCCUCAGGAAUAUUCCCGGCUUCCCAAGCUGUACCUCUGCGAGUUUUGUCUCAAGUACAUGAAAAGCAGGAGCAUUCUUGUCCGGCACAUGACCAAGUGUGGUUGGUACCACCCGCCUGCCAACGAGAUCUACCGCAAGGGAGACCUCUCCGUCUUCGAGGUGGAUGGCAACAUCAGUAAGAUCUAUUGUCAGAAUCUGUGUCUCCUGGCCAAGCUAUUCCUGGACCAUAAAACCUUGUACUACGACGUGGAACCGUUCCUGUUCUACGUCCUCACCCUCAACGACAAGAAGGGCUGCCAUCUUGUUGGUUACUUUUCAAAGGAAAAGCACUGUCAACAGAGAUACAACGUGUCCUGCAUCAUGGCCUUGCCUAUGUACCAGAGGAAAGGCUAUGGAAGGUUUCUCAUCGACUUCAGUUACUUGUUAUCCAGGAGAGAAGGGCAGACGGGGACCCCUGAGAAGCCUCUCUCUGACCUGGGUAAGGUCAGCUACUCUGCUUACUGGAGGAGUGUCAUCCUGGAGUAUCUGCAUCGGAAUCGAGACUCCAAGAAACUCACCAUCAAAGCAAUCAGCAGGUCUACAGGAAUGUGUCCACAUGAUAUAGCAGCUACCCUCACAACCCUACGCAUGAUGAAAAGACAGGGAGACAAGGUUGUACUGAGGAUACGAAAGAAGCUGAUAUCACGCCACCUGACCAAGCUGCAGCAGAGCAAGAACAAGAGGUUAGAACUGGACAAUGACUCGCUUCGCUGGUCACCUCUAGCGGUCAGCGGUCUGGCGGUCUUGGAGGAGGAGAGAGAGGCAAAGAGAGAGGUUCAAAAGAUGGGUGCCUUGGUGAGCGACCUGGAGCGGGAAAGACGGCAAGGGUCUCUAUCUCCGCGCAUCUCUUCUCCCAACAAGCUCACCCUCACUAGAGACGUCUUCGCCCGGGAUGCUGCCGAUGCUAGCCCCGUCAAAACCAAGAUGAAAAAGAAAAAGACUACUUGCUUACUUUAUCCCAACCCUAUCAACGCGGAGGAAUGCGAUUGUCCUCCUCGACUAACUAACCAGUUCAAGGUUCAUUCGCGUGGCAUGGAGGCUGCAUUUGACUGUCUACCUCCGUCUCUUACAAAGGAGGUCCAUACUAGGCAGAAGAGGAUGAGGAAGAGGAGACGGAAGAUUCCAAUCCUGCAGUCGGUGGCCGACGAACCCCUGUCCAAGAAGAAGAAGAGCGCCACCAACGUGGAUUCAGACUCUGACAGCGGACAACCCAAUCUCUUCAUCGCAGAGGAAACCAGUCGACCAAAGACCACUCCAGUCAGAACAGGCCCCAAGAAGAAACUCAAGUCACCUCUGAAAAAUAAGAAGAAUUCAAAGGUGAAAAGAGGCCCGGGGCUUGGCACCAAGAAACUGACCAAGUCCAAGCUGAAGCUACCUCUGAAGGGACUGAAAUCCAAAAAUGCAGCAAAAGGCAAAUUGGCAGGUUGCAAGGGCACCAAGAAAGGAUCAGCUAAGGGAGGGAAAGGCAAGCUUGCUGUGAAAUCAAAACUUGGCUCGGAAAUAAAUGGUGGCUUCACCAGCUCAGACAGUGACUUUGAGCCACCCAAACCUCCACCUAGGAUUGGCCGACCACCUAAAGUAAAACCUGCCCUCCCAGCAACAACGGGCACCUCAUCCAGCAAGGGUUCUACGCAAAGUACAGGUUCUACCCCUGGCACGUCCACCACCACCAGAGGGCGUCCAAAAAACGGAGGGCCCGCUACCCCCAUAGAGCAAAGGCGAGGGUGGCCUAGGGGGCUUCAGCGGGCGAAACUACUGGAAGACGGGCCACCAGCAGUCAAGAAGCGCAGGAGGAGGAGAAAGCGUGUUCCGCUUUGGGAACGGAAGAAGAAACCAAAGCCUAAACCCAAACCGAAGCCCCCGACCCCACCACCUCCAUCACUCCAAGCAGCUGUGCCAAAAAGUGCAACACCACCUUCAAGAACCCUGAGUGUUAAGCCAUUACCCCUCGGGCCUGUGCUCGAUUCAGACGAUACCACAUCAUCGUCGGACGAAGAAGACUUUGCCAGGCUCCUUAGACUCACCAAACAGGUGGUCAGACCAAAGAAAAAAGUGCCACCUAAACUGGUCAGGAGUAAACCACUCCAGUUGAGUGUAGCAAUAGACAUCAGUAGCACCACUGACAGUGACAGUGAUUCCGAUCUUGAGAUCAGGACCAAAGACCCAGACAAGGUUGCACCUGAGGAAAAAGCAGAUGUAAAUACAAACAAUACAACACCACCUGUGACAAAUGUUAGUCCAAAGGCAUCCAAAGAUGUUGCUGCUACUGCAGCGAAUCCACAAAGAACUCAGAGCGGUGAGGCUUGUGUAAACGGCCUUGACUGCUCAAGCAGUAGCAGCUCCAACAGCAGCAGUGACAGUGAUGACAAUGAGACAUCUAAAGCUACUGCAGAGGAAUCUACAAAGACUGGUGACACACUUUGGAAUAAUGGUACUACUGAGAGAAUAAGUGAAGAGAAAUCCGUGGAUGCUAAAGAUAUUGAUGAAGAUUCAGAUGCUGAAGUGGAAGUCGACGAGGACGAGAUUGAGAAAGGGAGAGAAGCAGACACGGAGUUAAGCAGUGAUGAUGAACCAGGUGGAAACAGUGAUGAUGAGGAUAGCGAUGAUAAUACUGAAAACACCAUACAACAGGACGCUCCUGCGGACCUUAGCAUGAAAACCAAUGAUCAAAUCAAUUCUCAGACUCUUUCACAGGAGACAGAGCACAUAGUGCCCUCAGGGGAUGCCUUUAGUGAACAUGCUAGUGAAGACAGUGAUGAAAAAACAGAAAAUGAUGACAUGCUUGAUAAUCACAGUACUGAUAUUAGAUUGGAGCCAGAGGUGGAAAGCACUGUCAUGCCCAUUUCUAAAAUACCUGAAGAAAGCAGCUGUACUAGAUCUAGACUCUCAUUUACAUCGUCAUCUUCAUCUUCAUCAUCAUCUGAAGAUGAGGAGGAGGAGGAAGGUAAAAGGGUGGAGGAACUGCAGGAGCAUUCAUCUGCUGAAGAAGAUGACCACCAGGAAAGUGAGCUGGACGGUGAUGGUCCUCCUACCCUUGCAAAAGUGGAAUCUCCCGUGAAUAGUCCUGUGCUGAAUCGUACGAGUCCUUUCUUAGAGCGCUACGAUGAAGAGAUGCAUGGCAGUCCUCCCAGCCUUAAGGAAACCAUGACGAACGAAGAUCAGGGAGAGAUGCCAACUGACAGGAAAGAAACUUUGGAGGAUGAUGAUGAUGAUGAUGAAGAGCAGUUACGUGAUAUUCUGUCACCACACUCUCCUGCUCAAAGCAGAGAUGGUGUAGAGGAUUUGAAAGAACAUAGUUUCAGUAGCCACAGUGAUCAUAGCACUAAUGCUGCAGGAGAGUGCAGCCCUCAAGGAAAUCGUUUUGAGAAUACUGGAGAACAUUCAGGAGUGAGUAGCGGAGAGAUGAUGGACUUUCAGGAACCUAAAGGUAUAGAACCAACGGAAGCGGAGGAUAUGGAGACCGCUGAGGCUAUUGAAUCCAUCAUGGAAAUGGACUCUCAGGGUAUAAGAUCUCCAGAGUGCAUGGCUGAUAGUGAUGAUCAUGAGCAAACGUACCAGCCCAACUCUGAAUCAGAUUUUCAAAACUUCAGUGGUAGUGACACGCAGGAAAUAAGGUCUAGGAAUAGCUGUAGCGACAUGGAUAUUUUGGGGUUGAACGAGCCACCCCUUGUGCCUCCUGCAUCAACGGAGGUACCUGCUAUAGAUGUUGCUUCAGUGAUGGAUACACCACAGUCACUAGACACAUCACCCAUGUGCUUGAAUACUGGUUUGUCCUCCGUAGAAGGGUCCAACAAUGCGGAAAACCAGGAUGUUGUAGAGCGAUCAUUGAUGGAUAUUCCUAACACCAUGCCUACCCCUCAAUCAAUGGAACCUGUGCCUGUAUUAGAAACCAUUCCACCUUUAGAUACCACUCAAAGUAUGGAUACUACUCAACAGAUGAUGGACAGUGUACCUGGGGUCAUAGACACCGCACCCCAGAUGAUGACGCCGCAACAACCCGCAACAGAGCAACAAUCACAACCAGUGAUCAAUUCCACCCCACCACAAAUGGACUCACACGUGGUACAUCAUGUGGACUCGCAGCGUAUGGAUACAAACGUUCACCUUGAAACACAGCAGCAUAUAGAUGCUUCGCAGGCCCCUCAGACUGAUCAGCAGCAGCCGCAAAUGUUGGGUUCUCAGGGACAGAUCCCGCAGCAGAUGCACCACCCCAACAUAUCCGCAUGCCAGAACAACAUGCAGGCUUCCAUCGGUGGCAACACCCACGAGAACAUGCAGUCAAUGGGCAUGCCAGAAUAUGGACGUUCGGGUGAUAUGACUCAACAUAGCAUGCAGAUGGGUUAUCAGUCUUGCAGUAACCCUGUGAGGAGGUACAGAAACUGUAUGGAAAUAGCUGAUCAUCAUGGCCUAGAUCCGUCAGAGAUGAUGUCCAACACUGGUAUGGCAGGGGUAAGAGGUAUGCACCAUAAUCUUAAUAGUCCCCACGCAGAUAUUUGCAGUACUAACAUAGGCCCACAGCAAGCACAACAACAGCAACAACAACAGCAACAACCCCAGCAGCAGCAAGGAUACAGUCCUAAACAAUCUAGCCCACCUGGGAGACCUGGCAUGGGGCAGCCUGUGCCUAGUAUCAGUCCACAAAUGAAUUCUCUCAAUAGUCCACAGCUGGGGAAAAUGAAUAGUCCACACCAGAUCAAUAAUCUGCAGAGUCCACAAGUCUGCAGCCCUGCGAUGGGUGCGCCCAUGUGCAGUCCAGCAAUGACCAACAACAACAAUCCACUCUGCAGUCCCGGCCUAAUCAACACCCAGGUGUGCAGCCCAGUCAUGAACGUGUCGGCAUGUAGUCCUGCUCUGAACAAUAACAACCAGGUUUGCAGCCCAGUGUACACCCAAACAUGCAGUCCUGCUAGAAGCAGCGGUCCAGCCUGCAGCCCUGCCAUGACUUAUCCGCCAGUCACAAGUCCAGUGAUUAGCUCAGCGACCUCGUGCAGUCCGCAGAUGCAUAAUGCACCGGUGUGCAGCCCUCAGAUGCGCAGCCCACAGGUAUGUUCUCCAAUGGGACAACCUGGAGCUGGAUGUGUCAUGAAGCCUCCGCUUGGUUCACCCACUGGACACAACGGUAACAAUUCCAAUAAUAAUGUCAUGUUUGGACCAGGAGGCCAGCAGACACAGAACAAGAGAGGUUCCACAAGCAGCUUAGCGAAACUUCAGCAGCUGACCAAUGAUAUUUUGCCAAACAACCCACUUACAGUCCCAAGAUCACCAAAGCCUACUGCUAAUCUGACACCUCCGCAGAACCCUACACCACCUCCAGUGCAGACACCCCCAAUACAGAACACUCAAGUGCAUAUGCCAAGGAAUGUCACUCCACCUGUCUCUCAGGCUCAUAGGCAGACUCCUCAACGUAGAGUGUCUAUGGCCGCAGUGGACCAUGUACAGCAGCAGCAGCAGCAGCAACAACAGCAACAACAGCAGCAACAGCAACAUUCUGGCCUAGUUAAGCCAGGAGCUGUCCAACAGCCAGUGGUUGAUCACAGAUUACCACAACAGGGAGCAGAGCACAUUACCCAUCAUGGAGCUGAAAUUAUGACCCAACAUCGGCCUGAUAUGCAGCAACAGCAUGGCAUGGACACCAUGCAUGGUGCAGUUGGGAUGCAGCAUCAAGUAGUGCAACAACAGCAGCAGCAGCAGCAGCAACAACAUCAGCAACAACAACAGCAGCAGCAGCAGCAACAGCAGCAACAACAGCAACAGCAGCAACACAGGCAAGAAAUGAUGCAACAGCAAAGGCAGAAUGUACACUCACAACAGAGGCAAGAUGUGAUGACACCUCACAGACAUCGCCAUGACUCCAUGACGUCUCAACUGCAGGACACCAACAUGUCAAGUCAUAUGCAGCAGGAGCCUAGUAUGCUACAGCAUCAUCAGGAUAACAUGACCAAUAACAUGAUGAACCCUCACAUGCACAACCCCAUGAUGGCUCACAGACCAGAGAGUGUAGCAGCACACAUACCUGAUGCUAGAAGAGACACUUCAACACCGCAUGGGACCGAUGCGAUGGCACAGCACAUGCAGGUGCAGGAAAUCAGAAGGGAAACAGCAACACCCCAUCGCCAGGAUCCCAUGGCUCAUAAUAUGCAGGAAGCGAUGACUGCACAUCGUCAGGAGAACAUGACACCUCACCUGCAGGACCCAAUGGCUGUCCAGAGAUUAGACACGGCCACUCCUCAUCGGGAAGAUGCCAUUACACCUCAUAUCAUGGACAACAUGGCAAGGCAGGCUCCCAUGACACCACAUCUCCAGGAGACCGUCGCACAACCAAGGCAAGACACUAGAACACCUCACCGCCAGGGUACCUUCCCUCAGCAGCGCCAAGAAACUAUGACCCCUCGCAGGCAAGAACCAGCAUCUGGAACAAGACAUGAAGCAAUGGUCCAGCACAUCCAGAGUGGAACACCAUCGUUGAGGCAUGAACGACGUGCAAUGCAACACCAGCAACGUGCGGCUGCAGCAGCAGCAGCAGCAGCUGCGGCGGCCGAGCAACUACAUCAACCACAGAUGCCACAGCAGCAGACACAUCCCAAUCAGAUGAAUCCAGCCAUCUCCCUCCAGCAGCAGCAGCAGCAACAACAGCAGCAGCAACAGCAACAACAUUUUGGGCAACAUCUUCCACAUCACCUUCAGCAGCAGAUGGGUAGUGCCCAGACACCAUCUGCAGCUGCAGCCGCAGCAGCAAUGCACAGUAUGCAUCCUACAAACUACAAGCCCUACGGCCAUUUCCAAGGACACCCGACGCACAACCCAACAAGUCCUCACCCAAACAUGAUGCCAACCGUCCAGCCGCACUGCAAUGCCACGCGUCCUUACAAUUACCUAGGCCAGUACCAGGCGUCUCCUCGACACCCUACCGCACCCAUGAACGGCUACAUGCAGGCCAGGAUGAUGUCCAACAGCUACCAUGCCAGUGGUACCCCAGGCUUCAUGGAGCAACAAAGCAUGCAGAUGCAGAUGGAGAUGGCCAUGGCAGCCCGCCAGCAACACAACCAGCCGGGAAUGUACCCAAACUACCAUCGCUUUAUGAAACCGUCCAUGGGAGGGCAGUCUAUGAUGAGAAGGUGAUACCCAGCUAGUCUCAGAGUAACCCUCCUCAGAUAUAAAAACCCACAUAAUCUAGCCAUUUUGGGUGGUAUGCUCGAAAGCGGACUAACUUAAGUCCAUGGUUUAUUCCACCGACUAAGUACGGAAUUCCACGUGUCCAUAUGAAUAUGUUUUUGAAUAAUUUAAUCUGUCACUAAAUUAAAAUAAAAUGUAAUAACAAAAUGAAUAAACAACAAUAUAA